CUCUUGGGUAUGAAAAUGGCACUGAGGUCAUGAAGAAUGCCUUUGUUCUUAAGAGAUGCACUGCAGAAGUAUUUAUGAUAGGAAAUCUCUGAAAAGGAACAGACGUGAGUCCCAGUCUUUCGGCCCAAGGUUCGCGCGUGCGCACAGCCCCCUCUUUCCGAGACUUAUUUCGCGCGGCCGAAGAAUCAGAUUGUGCCCACAAGGCGGAAAUGUACGACAGCGGGUUCCGACAGCGGGUUCCGGUGACCACGAAGGCGGCAAAGGCGACGGAAUGGAGGAGGUGCCUCACGACUGUCCAGGGGCCGACAGCGCCCAGGCGGGCAGAGGGGCUUCAUGUCAGGGAUGCCCCAACCAGCGGCUGUGCGCUUCUGGAGCGGGGGCCACUCCAGACCCGGCUAUAGAGGAAAUCAAAGAGAAAAUGAAGACCGUAAAACACAAAAUCUUGGUAUUGUCUGGGAAAGGCGGUGUUGGGAAAAGCACAUUCAGCGCCCACCUUGCCCAUGGCCUAGCAGAGGAUGAAAACACACAGGUUCACCAGAGUGGCUCAGGCUGGUCUCCAGUGUACGUGGAAGACAACCUGGGGGUGAUGUCAGUGGGCUUCCUGCUCAGCAGUCCUGAUGAUGCUGUUAUCUGGAGGGGACCCAAGAAAAACGGCAUGAUCAAGCAGUUCCUCCGAGAUGUGGACUGGGGAGAGGUCGACUACCUCAUUGUGGACACCCCACCUGGGACGUCGGAUGAACACCUCUCGGUCGUCCAGUACCUGGCCGCAGCACACAUCGAUGGAGCAGUGAUCAUCACCACUCCCCAGGAGGUGUCACUCCAGGAUGUCCGGAAAGAAAUCAACUUCUGCCGCAAGGUGAAGCUGCCCAUCAUCGGGGUGGUGGAGAACAUGAGUGGCUUCAUCUGUCCUAAGUGCAAGAAAGAAUCUCAGAUAUUCCCUCCCACAACCGGGGGCGCGGAGCUCAUGUGCCAGGACUUGGAGGUCCCUCUCCUCGGCAGAGUGCCCCUGGAUCCACUCAUAGGAAUCCAAGAGUUUUGUAAUCUCCAUCAGUCAAAAGAAGAGAACCUCAUCAGUUCCUGAAACGAGAGAAUGUUCAGGACCAAGCAGUUACCGAGCGAGGCACUCACUGGGCAGCACAUCCAGCCAGACCCGACUAGCUCCGGGAUGGGGUGGGUCACAGCAAAAAGGGACCAGAUGCUGGUGUGGUCCGAAGCCACUUUGUCAGAGACACUUUAAUCAUUGAGUAUUUGUACACUUUUCUUUAGAACAUAUAUAAAGGGCAUUCUCUACAAAUGUGCCGUUUUAAGAAUAAAACCCCCUCAAAUCUC